GUCCCGUUGUAGCUGGAGGUGAAGCAGCCUCUCUCUGCCAUACUGAAGCAGGUGUCCAACAUGGCGAACACUGGCAGCGGCUCUCUGGCGACUAUUCUCUUUUUAUUCCUCUUCCAAGCGGCCCCGCACAAAGGAGCUGCUCAGUCCCCAGUGGUGAGUCAGAACCUGGUGACGGACAAUGUCUCCGUGGUGGAGGGGGACAUGGCGAUGAUCAGCUGUCGGGUGAAGGACAACGACGACUCCGUGAUCCAGCUGCUCAACCCCAACAGGCAGACCAUCUACUUCAGGGACAUGAGGCCACUGAAAGACGCUCGCUUUCAGCUGGUGAACUUCUCCGACAAUGAGCUGCGGGUGUCACUGUCUAAUGUCUCCCUGUCAGACGAGGGUCGAUAUGUUUGCCAGCUCUACACGGAUCCCCCGCAGGAAGCCUACGCUGACAUCACUGUGCUAAUUCCUCCAGGUAACCCCAUCAUCGAGGCCCGGGACGAGGUCGUGAGCGAGGGCAACGAGACAGAGAUGACCUGCACCGCCAUGAGCAGUAAGCCCGCCGCCACCAUCAGAUGGAUGAAGGGCGAUAAGGAGCUUCCAGGAAAGCCCAAAGUGGAGCUGACCUACGACAAGAUGUACACGGUCACCAGCCGCCUCACGUUCACCGUGAACAAGGAGGACGACGGCGUCCCUGUGAUCUGCAUCGUGGACCAUCCGGCCGUCAAGGACUUCCAGGCACAGAAAUACCUGGAGGUGCAGUACAAACCGGAGGUCAAGAUUGUGGUGGAAUUUCCUCAGGGGCUGACCAGGGAAGGAGAGAACUUGGAGUUGACGUGUCAGGCCAAAGGCAAACCCCAGCCUCAGCGGGUGAACUGGAUGAAGGUGGACGAUGAUGUGCCGUCACACGCCGUCAUCACCGGUGGAGAUCUCUACAUCGAGAACCUGAACAAGUCGUACAACGGGACCUACCGCUGCGUGGCGUCCAACUCAGUGGGGGAGUCCUUCGACGACUACAUCCUCUAUGUCUAUGAUGCUCCCACCACCACCCCUAUACCCACCACAGCCACCACCACCACCAUCAUCACCACCACCAUCUCCUCCCCCGAAGCCAAUCAAG